CCCAACGUUCUCAUUUGUUUCCACGUGCCCAAAUUCCAACAUGGAUGCCCCAGUUACUCCAGUCGCCAUUGACAAUGACCAUCAAAAUCCCAGCAAGCACCUCCCUUCUCAGAAAAACACCUCCAAAGGUGGUUGGAACGCCGCCAUUUUUGUCAUCUUUGUUGAGAUGGCAGAGCGUUUUGCUUUCUAUGGUUUGGCCGGAAACCUCAUCACUUAUCUCACCAACAACCUCGGUCAGCCGGUGGCCGCCGCCGCUAAGAACGUCAAUACUUGGGUUGGCGUUUCCGCCAUCUUCCCUUUACUCGGAGCUUUCGUCGCCGAUUCAUAUCUCGGCCGCUUCAAGACCAUCCUUGCUUCCUCUUCCAUCUACUUCCUGGGAAUGGUGUUAUUGAGUUUAUCAGUCUCAGUAAUACCUACGCAUUCUCGAAAACCUGUGUUUUUCACAGCACUUUACAUUUUAGCCAUAGGUGAAGGUGGCCAUAAACCGUGCGUUCAAACCUUCGCCGCCGAUCAGUUCGACGAAAACAACCCAGAAGAGAAGGCAGCUAAAAGCUCAUUUUUCAACUGGUGGUAUCUAGGGAUCGUAACCGGCGCCUCCGUCGCCAUUGUUGUCGUCAUCUACCUCCAGGAUAAUGUUAGUUGGGCGGCGGGGUUUGGAGUGUUAGCAGGGUCGUUGGCGGUGGCAUUGGCGUUGUUUCUAAUAGGAAUGAAGAGGUAUAGAAAGCAGCGCCCGACGGGAAGUCCGUUCACCAGGGUGGCUCAGGUCUUCGUCGCGGCGGCUAGGAAGUGGCGGUUGACUGAGUCGCACGGUAGUAGGGGCAUAUGUUGUGAGGAUGAUAGGGUCCCAGGUCAAACCAUGGGCCCCAAAUUGGUCCGUACAAAUCAAUUUAGAUUUUUAGACAAGGCAAUGAUGAUUGACAAUGAUGAUGCGAUGAGGAAAUCCAGGAAUCCAUGGAAGCUUUGUUCAUUGAACCAAGUGGAAGAAGUUAAGCUUCUACUUCGACUCAUCCCCAUUUGGGUUAGUUGCUUAAUGUUUUGUGCAGUGAUAACUCAAUUACACACAUUUUUCACCAAGCAAGGCAGCACAAUGUCCAGAUCCCUCGCCCCCAAUUUCCAAGUCCCUCCCGCGGCACUCCAAAGCCUAGUAGGCCUCACCAUCCUCAUCGCGGUCCCGGUUUAUGAUUGUGUUUUCGUCCCUAUAGCCCGAAAGCUAACCAAAAACCCCACAGGAAUAACCAUGCUACAAAGAAUCGGUAUCGGCUUGUUUGUAUCCAUACUUAACAUGGUCGUUGCAGGCAUUGUCGAGACUGCUAGAGUGAACACCGCUAGAAAACACGGCCUAAUUGACACCCCGAAAGCAGUGAUCCCCAUGAGCAUAUGGUGGUUACUUCCGCAAUAUGUACUCACUGGGAUCGGAGACGUGUUCACCAUCAUCGGAUUACAAGAACUGUUCUACGAUCAAAUGCCGGAAGAAAUGAGAAGCAUUGGAGCAGCAGCUUAUAUAAGUAUAGUGGGAAUUGGGAGCUUUGUCAACACUGGAAUCAUCUCAGUGGUUCAAAUGAUCAGCUCAAAGCAUGGAAAGGAAUGGUUGCGAGAUAAUCUGAACCGUUCAAAUCUUAAUUACUUCUAUUGGGUAUUAGCAGGGUUGAGUGCUAUUAAUCUAUGUGUCUAUAUGUGGAUUUCUAGUGCCUUUGAGUACAAAAAGGUUGAAGAAUAUAAUGAAAUAAGUGAAGGAAAAGAGUUGGAAAUGGAAGGGUAUUCGGAUGUUAGAGUAUAAAUUACAUGAUAUCCAGAUAUACAAUAUAUGCAAAUACUCACUAGUUUACAUCUUAGAUAUACCAACUAGGACUUGGAAGUAAGAAUCUCAAAUUAAAGCUUAAAUGCAAAACUAGUUAGGGCUUUUUCCUUUUCUGUUUUUAAUACUUUUAGGUCCUUUAAUUUUAAGUGAAAUACAUGGUAGUAUUAUGCAUGUAAUAUCUCAUUUUUAUAUACUAGUUGUAUAAAGUAAACAUAGAUAUGUUGAGUUCAUGAAUAUCAAACCUAUCAUCAUGUUGGUUGUGUUUAAAAA